UAGAUUUUAAAACGAAUUAAAGCGAGCGGGUGAGCUCUCUGUUUAUUUUUUCUGAAAAGAAAAAGAAAUGGCGAGUUGUCUAUGGAGUCAUUCUCAGCAACUAAUUCAAUUUCGCCAUCGCUCCUUCUGCUUAUCCGAUUUUAAUCGUCUUUAUCCCUGUCAUCGUCAUGAGCGCCGCCGUUGUCAUUUCUCAGUCUCAACCACUUCCCGCCGUAGACGGUACUCCGGAAUCUAUUGUAACUAUGAUGAUUCAACCAAACCCAACCAAUCAUCUUCUACUGGAAUUCAACUUUACGGUCAGAUUGAGAGAUUAAUUACGGAGACUGUGAGGCAAUCCCAAGAUGCUUGGGGUGGUUCAGGAGAAUGGAUUGAAGUCGAGGGAGCAUGGGUUCUCAAACCAAGAAACUUACGACCCAAGUCAGUUGUUCAUUUCGUUGGAGGUAUAUUUGUUGGAGCAGCUCCACAGAUUACCUACCGUUUGUUUCUUGAGCGUCUUGCAGAAAAGGGUAUUUUGGUGAUUGCCACGCCAUAUGCUAGUGGCUUUGACCAUUUCUUCAUUGCGGAUGAAGUGCAGUUUAAAUUUGAUAGGUGUUUACGGUUUUUACAAGAUACAGUACAAGAUCUUCCUACUUUUGGCAUUGGCCACUCAUUGGGAUCUGUUAUCCACCUGUUGAUUGGAUCAAGAUAUGCUGUGCAAAGAAAUGGGAACAUAUUAAUGGCUUUUAACAACAAGGAGGCAAGCUCAGCUAUCCCUUUGUUCUCGCCUGUUGUUGUUCCUAUGGCUCAAAGCAUUGGACCGCUUCUAUCACAAAUUGCAUCAUCACCAACAGUCCGCCUUGGGGCAGAGAUGACUUUGAAGCAAAUACAGAACCUAACCCCGCCCAUUAUGAAGCAAGUUCUUCCUUUGGUGGAACAACUCCCUCCAUUAUACACGGACUUGGUCAACGGAAGAGAAGAUUUUUCUCCAAAACCUGAAGAAACCCGCCGACUUGUGAAGUCAUACUAUGGCAUUUCUAGAAAUCUUCUCAUAAAGUUCAAGGACGAUGCAAUUGACGAAACUUCAACAUUAGCUCAGGUGCUUAGUUCAGAAGCAGCUAUUAGUUCAAUGCUAGACAUGUCAAUUCGCUCGUUGCCAGGAGAUCAUGGGCUUCCUUUGCAACAGGUUCUUCCAGAUGUCCCACCAGCAAUGGCAGAUGCCGUAAACCGGGGAAGUGAGUUUUUGGCCAAUCUGACAGUGGGAACACCGUGGGAGACAGUUGCUAAAGAAGUAGGCAACACAAUAGGUGCAGAUUCAAGGAUUCUUCGUGCUGAAGUAUCUAAGGACAUAAACCUGCUAGUUGAAGUUAUCACCUCGUGGAUGGCCUCUAAUUCAGGUCCAAAACUUUUGAGACCAUGAUGAAUUGGGUUGUUAGAUCAAGCAAACAUUGGAGAUGCUAGAAAAGUGCUUCAGGAAUAUAAUCUUUAUGGUAUUCUGUUGUACAUUCUGUAAUUAUUUGACAUGUCCAAUCUUAGAAGUUAAUGAAAAUAAGGUUUUCAACUAAGUAGGAGUGGACAGGUUCUCAUAUUUUUUUUCAUAAGAAGGCAGAUGUAGUUUGUGCCCUCUUUUUAAUCUAAGAAUUUCUUAGGUUGUAAUAAAAACAUCAGAAAUUCUAUAGAUUUAAAAUAUAAAUGAAAGAAAUAAAAUGUGUUUUUGGUUUUAA